UUCCGUAACGCCGACGGUCACACCGGGCAGUUUUUCCCUGAUAUUUUGUUGCAAAUUUUGUUACAAAAAAUAUCGAUCGCAGAUUUUUCCAGUGAGAAAGUGGAACAAAAUAAAACGGAAACGGAAAACUCCAGAAUAAAGCGAGAAGAAAAUGUCCCCAAAAAUAAACGUGCUGCAGUGUGUGUGUGUGUCAUUGCCAAAGCAACAACGUUAACGUUUACGUUUAAAUAAAUAAAUUGUGAAAGAAAAGCAGAGAACGAGAGUAAAAUAUAAUAAAAUAUUUCACCAAAAAAGCAACAAAUACAAAAUAAACGCGAAUCAACAGCAAUAACAACAUAAAAGAGGAGGAGGAGAAGGAGUAAAGGAGAAGAAGAAGAAGCAGUAAACCGUUCACUUUGUGUAUCUCUGUGCGUCCCUGUCUCUCUUACAGUUUGUGUGUUCGUCUCUACGUUCGUGUUCGUGUUCGUAUCUGUGUGUUCGUCCGCCAGUGCCUCUAUGUGUAGCUGUGUAUGUGUGCAGUGUAUUCUGUCGCAGCAGAAUCAAUAAAAAAGUAAAAAGUAUACAAAUUCAAACCGCAAAUGUGCAAAAUACCAGAGAGACGACAGUAGUAAUCCAUUACAAAAUAAAACACACAUUUGAGAAAAUGAGGUGCUGCUGCCGUGGAAACAAGAAAAGCCAAGAACUAUGACGCAUCAAAACCAUCAGACGAACGGCGCUAGUUUGGAGGACUGCCAUACAAACUUUUAUGCCCUGACUGAUUUAUGUGGAAUAAAAUGGCGGAAGUUCGUCAAUGGGGAAAGGCCGAAUGCGUCGAGCGAGCCGUUGGCCGAUCCCAUACUUCGCUCCUACUCGCGAUGCAUCCAGGCGGACAUGCUGUGUGUGUGGCGCCGGGUGCAGUCCCACAAGCCGGACAACACCGAUCCGAAUGCCUUAACCUUUGAGAUUACCACAUCGACCAAGGUCCACCCGCCCCUAUCGCUGGCCGCCGCCAAGGAGCUGUGGAUAUUCUGGUACGGGGAGGAGCCCGAUCUCAGUGACCUGGUCGACGCCGAAUUGCUGAGAGUAGCUGCCAAUCAAGCGCUUUGGAAUGGCACCUGGAAGGGCGCACUCACGUACGAGUGCCGUUCGCUGCUCUUCAAAGCGCUGCACAAUCUGAUGGAAAGAUUUGUGCUCACCAAGGACAUUGUACGCUUUGGCAAAUGGUUUGUGCAGCCCUGCACGUCGAGCGAUCGUCUCUUUGGACGCAGCUCCCAGCAUCUGUCCUUCUCCUUCACGUUCUUCGUGCACGGCGACACGGUGUGCGCCUCCAUCGACCUGCGCGAGCAUCCCGCCGUUCGACCCCUGACCAAGGAGCAUCUGGCCGAGGCGGCAGCAGCCUUUGCCGCAGCCAGCGCCAGUAGUCAGUCGGGCUCGGGUGCGGGUUCGGGCACGGGUUCCAACUCUGGUGCGGGACCUGGGCAGAAUCAGACACCGGAUUCGAAUGGAGCCAGCGGAACGGAACCAAAUGAGGGAACCGAGGCAAAGGCCGCGCCACCGGCGCAUGCGCGCAAGGUGAUGCUGGCCCCCUUUGGCAUUGCGGCCAUUCUCACGGGCAAUAGCUACAAGGCCAACGACCCUGUGGCCGAGAAGAUCCUGGAGGACUGGGCCUCGUUCUUCCCGCAGUGCAAUAAGGACAACACGGAUGUGCCGCCCGUCGUGGAGGUGGUGUCGGGUGGCCAUAAGAUGUACCACCCUACGAAUUACGUACUAGUCACGGAUCUGGACGACAUGGAGCACCUGGAAUUCGCAGAGCUGCAGCGGGUCAGUGCGGGGGUAGGGUCCGGGGCCGAGGCAGCUGUCCUCUCCUCGCUCUCCUGUCCUCCAGCUGCGCCACCCGGUGCUGCCUGCCAGGCCAAGGACGGCGCUGCCUCGCGCAAGGCUGUGCCCCAGGCCGUCAGCGCUUUGGAGCGCCUCUCCUUCCAGCCCUACUACGACCAACGCCCGACAUCGGGCUUCUCCUUCAACACCCACAAUACUCAUAUACCUGCCGCGGCGGCUGUGGAGAUGCCGGAGCGUGCGUGGCAGGACUGCAUCAUGAAUACGCUUCAUGUGGAUGCAGCGGCAGCGGCGGCGACAACAGGAUCUUCAGCGUCUGCGGCAGCGGGCGUGCCGGAUGAGGAUGAGCAGAACAAGCCACCGGCGGACUCCAAGCAGUUGGUGCAGCAGCAGAUCCAGCAGCAGCAGCAACAGCAGCGCCAGAAGCUGUGGAACUUUGUGGAUCCCAUGCAGAAGGCACCCUGUAUAUGCACCAACGCCCAAUGCAGCAGCAGCAAGCGUCAGCAGCAGCAGCAGCAACAAUCUCUUCUCUCUCAGCAGCCGCUGGGCUCUCCGGCACUACGUGCUGCCGUAGCGGCUGGCAGCUCCAAGUCAUCCUUCCAGCAUCAUUACCAACAGCAGCAACAGCAGCGACCGGGAACACCAGCCGCGGCAGCGGCAGCAGCAGCAGCCGCCUUGGCAGCAGCAGCAACGCAUCAUUCCAACAGCAACAACAACAUCACAACCUCUUCUUCUUCUGCUUCCAACACCAACACCAACACAACCAACAACAAUAACACCCUAAACUCGAAUUCAAAUUCCAACUCUUCCUCUGCCCCAAGGCGCCACAAUGUGCCGUUCCACAAGCGUUUACUCCAUACGCUGACGCAGUCGUCGUCGUCGUCCUCCUCCACGGCCAGGUACAAGGCGGCACCAAUAGACACCAAUACACCAAAAGCAAGACACCUGUGCAGCACGCCGCAUGGUACACCGCAUGGCGGCGCUUCCACGUACUCACGCAACUCCCUUGGCGGCGAUUCAUCGUUGCCAGUGGCCUCCGUGGGUUCACCUGCGACGCCAGCGCCCUCACCACAUCCGAACUCGGCGCAUUCGCAGCCAACAUCCGUGCCGCCCGCAGAGCAACUUCUCAACAUGAGCCCACAUGCGCCCACGUCCGUUUCGAAUCUACAGCAGCCGCCGACGCCCAUUGACCAUCUGCUGGACAAGAACACGCCAGCGCCAACGCCCACGGAUCAGCAUGACAACAAGAGCAUCACCGCCUCGCCGUAUGUACAUCAGACGCCCAGCGUGGAGCCGCCCUCCUACACGGAUCAUGCGGCGGGUGGUGCGACAUCGCAAUCGGUGAGCGGCCCAGGCAGCGUGCCGCCCCAGCAGCAGCAGCAACAGCAGCAGCCAGCAACGCCCACAGCGGGCGGAACGGCGAGCGGUGCGAAUGCAUCAGCCACAGGGCAGGCAGGAGCACCAACAGGCGGAGCUGCCUCGACAACGACGACGACGACGCAGUGCGGCACCAUAAGCGUGAAGAAACUGGAGAUGCAGCAGCAGGCACCGGCCGCACUGCAGAUACCCAUCAAGCCAGAGCCCGGCUCGGUGCGGGGCAACACAGUGCAGACCGCGGCGGAAGCCAUCAACAAUCUGCUGAGUCUGUACAAGCCGCCAAAGCUGCAGCUCAAGGAUCCGGACAGGUUCUACGACGAUGAGUGGCUCAAGGAGGUCAUCUAUGACUUUCGAUUCCAGGAGAACUGGGACUACCUGCCCGUGAAGCGGCCAAAGCUGGAGGAGACGUCCAAGCAGCGAAGGCCGCGUUAUGCCAAGAACCUCUACGAGGGUCACACGCACGUCAAGCCGCUGAUGCCCUCACCCGGAGCGGUCUAUGGCUCGCAGCUGCUCUCCCUCGAUGUGCAGGCAGCGGCCAGCGGUGGCGCAGGCGGAGGAGCAACAGGCAGCAGCAGCGGUGGCCUCGUGGGCAUUGCCAACAGCAGCACGGCCAACGGCAGCGAUGCAGAGGCCGAGGGCAGCAGCUUCUUCCAUGGACUGGACAUCAAAACGGAGCCGGGACUGCAUUCGCCGUCGUGCAAGGAGACGAAGUCAUCGUCGGGUGGGACUACAGGCGCCAGCAGCGGCGGCGGAGGGAAUCUCUUUACCGCCGAAGGCCUUAAUCCAUCGCUUAACGAUCUCGAGCAGCUGUUCGAGACGAGCUCGAAUGAUGAGUGCAGCAGCGUGCAGAUCCAUACGCCGCCCGACUCCAAUAAUCCGUCAAACGGCGGCUGCAGCGCCGUGACCAACACCAUCGACGAGCUGAAGCGAAGCACAGCGGUGGCCAGUGCCGUGGUGGCAGCCGCAGCAGCAGCCGCAGCUGUGGCCAGCUCCGGGGCGGGCAAUAUCCAAGCGGAGGAUCUCACCAAAAUGUUUCCCACGCCGCCGUCGCACGAGCAGCAGCAUCCGAACUCGAGUCCCUGCCAGACGGAUGUGGUGAUGACGGAUCUCAGUGUGGACACCAGCAGUAUUAUGGCAGCAGCGGCGGCAGCAGCAGCAGCUCCACCCAUACAGGUGCCAGCGGCGGUGAUUGCUGCCGCUGCAGCGGUUGCCUCUGCCUCUGCCUCUGUGACGACGACAACGGUGGUGGCAGGCGCUACUGCUGUGCCCACCACACAGCCGAGCCUGAAGCAGCUCAAGCAGGAGUACAACGUGGAGCUGGGCAGCCCACUGGAGGAGCCCAUCGAUGACUGGAACUAUGUGUACCAGCCGCCGCAGCAGGAGAAGUUUGUCGGCUCCUCACGCUAUGCGCCGCUCACGAAUCUGCCCAGCCAGACGCUGCCGAGCAUCGCCAUGCCCGCCAAUUGCUACUACAAGCCCACCUGGAGCACCCACAAGUCGCGUGCGGCAACGCUGGCUAAGGCGGCAGCUGCACAGCAGCAGCAGCACCAGAAGAAUCAGGCGCUGCAGCAGCGCAUACAGCUGCAUCAGCAGAAGCUGCAGCAGCAGCAGCACCAACAUCAGCAGCAGCAGCAGGCGGCGGCGGCCAGUCAUGCGCACCAGAAGCACCAGCAGCUGCACGAACUGUUGUCGGCGGCGCCGCGGACACCGCAGACGGCCAUGCCCUCACCCUCCACCGUGCCACAGCCGCUGAGCAGUGGCGGCAGUCAGUUGUUGCUCAACCAAUUGAACUGUCCACAGGCGCCGCCCGGCAGCUCCAUGCAGCAGCUGAUGCAGCGGGCGGGCAUGUCUCCAUUAUCACCAGGACCCGGCGUGGUGCCAUUUCCACGCAGCAGUCCCAUGCUGCGGCAGACGCCCACGCAUCCACCGCCCCCGUACCCAUACGAUUUGGGUGUGGCCAGUCCGGCAACGUCCACGUCCUCGUAUCUGAAUCGUCAACUCAACUCGCAGGAGGCGCAGCAGCAUCCGCACACGCCACAGAGCGUGCAUCACAUGCAGACGGGCAUGCAUGGCGGAGGCAUGGGAGGAGGAGGACCAGGAGCGGCUGGAGCUGGCCACCAUCACAUGGGUCACAUGAUGCCCUACACUGGCGAUGCGGGCAUUGCCAGUGGUCCAGCAUCAGCGGUGGCUGUGCCCUCCGGCCUGCUGCAGGAGCUGCCCGAAGUCAACUCGGUGCUGGUCAACAUUCUGCUCUACGACACGGCGCUGAAUGUCUUCCGCGAUCACAACUUUGACAGCAGCAGCGUUUGUGUGUGCAACGCGGACACCCAGAAGAUUGGCAACAUUCGUGGCGCCGACUCCGGGGUGUACGUGCCCCUGCCCGGUGUCAGCUUCAAUCCGUUUCCUGCACAUUCCGCUGGUGUGGCGGCCACGGCCGGCCAGAGGCUGCUCAACGGGCCCAGCUCCUCGUCCUCAUCGGCUGCCUCGUUUGGCGGUGGCUUGAGGAUGAUCAGUGCCUUUGGAGGUUCGCCCGCCUCCACGUCGAUGCCCGGAGCUGGCUCUGGGCACGGCCACGGGCCCAAUGGUGGCUCCAAUUCCUCCUCCUGCACGCCACCCAGCAGCAAUCCGCACAUCACCGGCUACGUGGACGACGAUCCCGUGGAGUGCACCUGCGGCUUCAGCGCUGUCGUCAAUCGGCGGCUCUCCCAUCGCGCUGGUCUCUUCUACGAGGAUGAGGUGGAGAUCACAGGCAUAGCCGAUGAUCCGGGAAGGAAUAAGCAGCCCUCGCUGCUCAGCCUCAUCCAAAGUUUGUCCCGCAAGAACCAAAUCAAGGCGGGCGACACGAGCACCUCCUCCGCGCUGGAGAAGAUCACGGGCGGAGCGACGACAGCGGCGGCGGGUGGCGCCGGGCAGCUGGAACAUCUUGCCCAUGCCAUCUUUGAUCUGCUGCUGGACCAAUGCUCCAUCAUUCAGACCUCCAGCAGCUCUGUGCAUCGCGCCCUGCAGUCCCACCGUCGACGUAUGUCCCGCCAGCGACGUCUCUUCGGCACUGGCGGCGCCCCAGCCGCCUCGAUGGCCUCCAUUGCCAAUGUGCUGGAGUUUAUGGAUGCCCACGAUGUGGUCAGCCUGGCGCUGGAGCAGGCGCGCAUGGCCUUCGAGCAUCAGCGCAUGGACAACAUGUUGGAAUUCCAUGGAAACUCAAGCCAGCAGCUCACCGCCUUCCACGCCCAUCCGCCCGCGCUGCGGCAGAAGCUGUCGAUCCUCGGCAGUGGGCGCCUCACGGUGCACAAGUGGCCGUAUCUCCCGGUGGGUUUCACGCGCAGCAACAAGGAAAUUGUCCGCACCAUGAACUCCAUUCAGCCGAUGCUGCAGAACGCCUUCCACUGCAAGUCGCGCGGCGGUGCUGCGGGCUCCAAGGAUGCCAGCUCCUACAACACAGUCAGUGGACCGCUGACAUGGCGCCAGUUCCAUCGCCUGGCGGGUCGUGCCUCCGGGCAGUGCGAACCCCAGCCCAUACCCUCGGUGGUGGUGGGUUACGAGAAGGACUGGAUAUCGGUGGCCCCGCACUCGAUCCACUACUGGGACAAGUUCCUGCUGGAGCCGUACUCCUACGCGCGGGAUGUCGUCUACGUGGUGGUGUGUCCGGACAACGAGCAUGUGGCUGGUUGCACGCGCAGCUACUUCCGUGAGCUGAGCAGCACCUACGAGAUGUGCAAGCUGGGCAGACACACGCCCAUACGCGGCUGGGAGGGCAUCCUGCAGGUGGCCGCCAGUCGCAAUGUGCCGCCAGAGCGGGAGCAAACGCCGUUGGACGAUUGGCUGCGUACCCUCGAUCAUCCGCUUGCCGAGCAAAUCCGUCGCUAUGCGGUGGCUUUCCUGCACCAACUGGCUCCUUAUCUCAGUCGCGUGCCCAACGACAAGACGCUGCUCAAUCCAUCCGAUGGCAGUGGCACUGGCAGCGGUGGAGUUAACUCUACCAAAGGCGGACACCAUUCUGGCACCGGCUCUGGCACGGAUCCACUGCACAGCGAUCCCAUCAAGCAGGAGCCAGGCACGGAAACGCCACUGCCUGCCGCGCCCACGCUGGACAGCAACAGCAGCGGAGGCAACGGCAACAACAACCAGCAGCAGGAUAGCAAGGAUGGGGUCAAGGGAGCCGCUGGUGGCGACACCAAGCCCGCGCUCAUACUGGGCGACCCGCUGGGCGUGGGCGAGACCCUAGAGGACAUCAAUCCAGCUGCCAUUGUGCUGUAUGUCGUGAAUCCCUUCACCUUCGCCUCGGACAGCUGCGAACUGGAACGUCUCGCUCUCAUUGCGCUCCUCCGCUGCUAUGCGGAGCUGCUGAAGGCCGUGCCAGACUCGGUGCGCGCUCAGAUGAACAUCCAAAUCAUAUCCCUAGAGGCAGUGAUGGAGCUGGGGCCGUGCGGCAAUCGCAAACGCUUCUCGGACGAAAUCAAGUGCCUGGCGCUGAACAUCUUCUCACAGUGUCGCCGGCAUUUGGUGCACGCGCAGUCGGUGAAGAGUCUGACGGGCUUUGGCACAGCCGCCAACAUGGAGGCGUUCCUCAAGACCAAGGACGAACCCAACCGAAGAGCCUACAAGAUGUACACAGCGCCCUUUGUGCUGGCGCCCAUGUACGAGCGGACGGACAAGACGGACUUCUCGCGCUCAGCGGGCAGCAUGCAUGGCCAGAACGAGCAUCGCUACUCCGUGAUGUACUGCAACUAUUGCCUGAGCGAAGACCAAGCCUGGCUGCUGGCCACUGUCACGGACGAACGCGGCGAGCUGCUCGAGAAGGUGUGCAUCAAUAUCGAUGUGCCGAAUCGUGCACGACGCCGCAAGGCGCCCGCACGCUUUGUCGCGCUCAAGAAGCUGAUGGACUUUGUCAUGGGCAUCAUCUCGCAGACGUCGCAAAUGUGGCGGCUGGUCAUUGGACGCAUCGGUCGCAUCGGACACAGCGAGCUCAAGUCGUGGAGCUAUUUGCUGAGCAAGCAGCAGCUGCAGAAGGCAUCCAAGCAGUUCAAAGACAUGUGCAAGCAGUGCACCCUGAUGUAUCCGCCAACCAUACUGAGCGCGUGUUUGGUCACACUCGAACCGGAUGCCAAGCUGCGCGUUAUGCCCGAUCAGUUUACGCCCGAUGAACGCUUCUCGCAGAUCUCCAUGCAGAAUCCACUCUCCACGCCACAGGAUGUGACUUGUACGCACAUUCUGGUCUUUCCCACGAGUGCUGUCUGUGCGCCCUUUACCCGCCAGUUCCAGAACGAGCCACAGGUGGAUGAUGAUUUUCUCACCUUUGAAGAGGAGGGAAAUGAAGACUUUAGCGAUGCAGACAUUGGGGAACUCUUCUGGGGAGACACACACAUGGAUCGAGUGUCGAAUCAUGGCAGUCCAGGGCGCAUGGAGGACAAUCGCAGCUGGCAGAGCGCUGGUGGCAACAAUUUCAAAUGCACCCCGCCACAGGAAGUGGAAGAGGUGGGUUCCCUCAAUCAGCAGCCCAUAUCCGUGGGCUAUAUGGUCUCAACGGCGCCAACGGGCCGCAUGCCCGCCUGGUUUUGGUCCGCCUGUCCGCACUUGGAGGAGGUGUGCCCCGUCUUCCUGAAAACCGCACUCCAUCUGCAUGUGCCGAACAUACAGAUAGCCGAUGAUAUUCUCAACUCAACGAAUGCCCAUCAGUCGGCGAAUGAUCAUCCGCUGGACUCGAGUCUGACGGCGGAUGUGCUACGCUUUGUACUGGAGGGUUACAAUGCCCUCUCCUGGCUGGCCCUCGAUUCCAACACACACGAUCGCCUCUCCUGCCUGCCCAUCAAUGUGCAGACACUAAUGGAUCUGUACUAUCUGACGGCAGCUAUAGCCUAAGAAGGGAAAGACACCCCGAAAGACAUCAAAUUCUCUUCAAAUCUUCAAUCAAACGCAGUCGCAUGCUUCCGUUUUGCUAUACUUCCACUAGCUAUACAUAUUCCGUAUAAUCCACAACAACAACUCCAACAACAAAAACUCCAACUCCAACAAACCACAACAACUAAGUAAAAGCAAACAACAAUUAAGCAAUUAACAAAGAAUGAAAGUUAACAGAAAUCAAACACCAAGAAAGCAGCGGAACAACAAGCCGCAACAACCAUUAGCCUUAGAUGAAAAUUAGAAGAUGGGAAACAAAAAAUGUUGAAGCAAAACCAAGCAACAGCAACGCACAGAUUACUUAGCCUUACUUAACCGGAGAGCCUUGUAAACACACAGAAAGGGAGAGACAUAAAGCAGCAGCAGAGUAUAGGAAAGGAGAGUAGCGAGAGAGAGAGUAGAGAGAGAGUUUGGUUUACCCAUAAGUCUUGAACAGCAACAGCAUUACUAUUUAUUAACAAAACUAUUUGAGAAUUUGUCAAGUGUAAAGUUUAAAGUGUAGAAGGAGUGUCUGUCGUCUGUCGAUUUGCAAAGAUUGUUUGUUUUUUAACACCUAUAUUAUUUUUUAUACAUAUACAUAGGCCUGGGCGUUCGACUAGUGUUUAAUAUUUAUAAAUAUACAAGAAGGAACAGACGAGUAGGCGGCAAAGGCAGAGGAGAGGAGCAAACAACAACCACAACAACAACACACACACGUAGGCAUAUAUUAUACAUACAAACACAUAGAGCAUAUACAAUACGCAAAAAAGGACAAGAGAGGAGCGAGUAUCGGAGGAGCGAGUAGCGAGUAGCGAGGAGAAGCGAGCAUGUCUAGGCAUUAAGUAAAAAGUUUGUACAUAUUUACAACCGAAAGCAGCAACAAAGCAAACAAAACGUAAAGAAAAAAGUGUAAUUAUACAAAUAUUAGGAUUAGUUUACAACAAAUUGGAUAGCUGAUGGUGGAGAGUGCGAGCAGUCGUUUAAGUCUAAUUAAAUUAAAUUAAACUAAAUUAAUAAAUUGUGUAAAUUUUUGUGCAAAGUGAGCAUUAGUUUAAAUUUAAAUUAUACAACAAACAAAAAAGAGAAACAUCCAAAACAAAAACCCCCAAACCCCAAAAAGAAAAACCAGAAACAUAUAUAAACGGUAUACUGUACAAUUCGCAUACAUAUAUAUAAAACACUAUAUAUUAUAUAUAUAAACUAUAUAUAUCUGGACGCCAAGCGCAGAUCGGUAGAGGAGACAGAGCGAGAGAUCGUUUGAGUAGAGUUAGCAAGGAUGAGCGUUAGGAUCAGUUUAUUGUAAAGAAAUUCAUUUUGUGUAUUCUGUUUUCGUCUUGUAUUCGUUGUAUUCUUUUUGUACUAUAUUCGUGUAAUCCCCUAGGGUGAUUUUUGUACUCCCCCCCCCCCAUGCAUACCCCCUAGCCCACCACCCCCACUCACAUAGCCAAUUGUCAAAUAAUGAAAAAUACUUAAACGAAAAUGUGUACAAAUUAAUAUAUAAUGCCUGUAACAAAAAGGAUAGCUUUCUACAACAACACCAACACUCACCAACAACAACAACAACAACACACCACAAAAUUGAUUUUGCACGUUGAAACGAUUUUCGCUAGGCUUAGGUUUAAAAGUAAUGA